AUGAACCUCCUCUUUAAUCAAAAUAACGAUAUUAAUGCCAUAACUAAAGAACUCAAGAAAUCGCUGCUUUCAUUCACUAAUAGACUCCAAUCGAUAAUUCAUGACGCCAAGUUUGUUGACCUCGUGCAACAGGAAUUGCAGCUACCUUUGGUAGCUAAUGAACGAUGUGGGUUGUGGUACAUCCCACCAAAUAAAAGGACCGACACCUGCUACUUUAAAUCAACCGACGGGCACACCAAUGUUUGGUCCUUUUCACUACGACGGUUGAAUUUACAUUUAUUGCCAAUAAUUAGUGCCAAUAAAGGAAUAAUUGUUGUGGAUUCAACUAGGCGAGGCAAGCCAAUGCCCGACGCUUUGUUGAAAACAAUCCCUAUUUGGUGUGCCGUUAUAAAUACUGUUGUUUUUGGUGAGUCGCCGACUGGAAGCUGGCUAAGAACGCCAUUGAUUGUGCCGCGAAGCGAGCACAAUGCGAUUGAGAAACUAAUACCAGGGUUUGUCAAGAAUGUGAAAUGUUUGAAUGUCUUUGACCAAAAUCACAAGCUAGAUAAACCUUUAGUUCCAAGAUUUUUCUAUCCUGGCUGCGCUAGUGAAGAAUUGGGUGAUGAUGUUUUCAACAUUUGUUGUGUAUCAGUAUCGAAGCAAGUUCCAAUUCACAAAACAAUAUCUACUAGAGGAGAUGAUGGAACAGUAGUUGGUUUCGACUACGUGCAAGGAUCAGCCGAUGAUCACGAGCUCUGGGUCCCGAAACCUUUACCAAAAUUUAACGCUGAUGUUUUCUGGCAAGUUAUCGAUAAAUUGGUAGACUCAUCAAGUGGUUAUAUCCCGUCAUGGAGAGGUGAUGAAGAGUUGGUGGAUAUCAUCCUUGAACAGGUCAAAAGCGAUUCGUCUACGGGACUAGCAUUGCAAGCAGUGGGCAAGACAGGGAUCCAUUUUGGCUCUUUGAGCCAGGAUAUAGCCUUCAACGAGCUCCCAUUUGAUACAAUUAUACUUCAUGACGAUGUCAAAGUUGUCAAUAAGGAUGACAAAUCUAGUAAAAAAGUACACCAGUUUUCCAUCCCCAACAACAAAAAGGGAUCAAAUAUGUUGCGCUCGUUAUUGCCAGACAUUAUCUCAAAAAUUGAUUUACAAUCACCCAUUCUUAUCUUGUGUGGCACUGGUAAGGAUUUAAGUGUGGGGGUAGUGUUGAUAUUGCUUUGUCUCAAUUUUGAUCUUGACUGGAACAAAGUUAAUAAAGCACCGCCCGUGACCAAAACUUUGGUUAAACAACAUUUGGGCAAACUAUCCAACUUGUACAAGGUCAAUCCGCAAAGAAGUACAUUACAAAGUAUCAAUAGUUAUUUAUUUGCUCAAAAUAUAAAUACUGAUAACUCCUAA